AUAUUUUGCAUUUAGAUAAGGUUAUGAAAUAAUAUCUUGGAACUGGUUGUAGCCAAAGAACUCCAAUGGCUGCUCCACUGUCUACCGUUGUGGAUGUGUACUUCACAGAUACCAAAAGAACAAGAUUGAGCGUCACCAACCCUUGUAGGCAAAAAGGCAUUAGAAAAUGUUUCAUACACUGCUCCACUUCAAAUUCCACUCCAGAGGCUCCUCCCACACCAACUUCAGACAGCAAGAAGAAGAGCACUUCCUUAUCCGACCAACUCGCACCCCUUGCCAACAAAACCCUAUCCACCGUCGCAGGAGACCAAUCCUAUGCGUUUUCUAAGGGAAAAUCUACUUGGGUCAACCCCACCAAAGCAAAGCGCACUGUGUUGUCCUCUGAGAGACAAAAGCGCGCUACUUACUCCUACAGUCCACAGUUGAAAGAUUUGAAACGCUUUGUUCACAAACUGAAUCAGUGUGGUUCGUCCGAAGAUGAAUUCUUGCCUUCUUUGGAGGAGAUUCCACGCCCUCUUACUAGAGAAAACGUGUUGUUGAUACUCAACACCUUGAAGCCAUGGCAAAAGACUCAUCUUUUUCUGGAUUGGAUCAAGACCCAGAAUUUGCUUCCCAUGGAAACCAUCUUCUACAAUGUGACAAUGAAGUCUUUGAGGUUCGGGAAACAGUUUGCGCUGAUAGAAGAACUUGCACACCAGAUGAUCGACACUGGGGUUCCGCUGGAUAACAUCACUUACUCCACCAUCAUCUCGUGUGCCAAGAAGUGUAACCUCUAUGACAAGGCUGUGCAGUGGUUUGAGAGGAUGUACAAGACUGGGUUGAUGCCUGAUGAGGUAACCUACUCUGCUAUUUUAGAUGUUUAUGCUAGGUUAGGCAAGGUUGAAGAGGUGAUAAGUUUGUACGAGAGAGGUAGAGCAAGUGGGUGGAAGCCUGAUCCCAUCACAUUCUCUGUGCUGGGGAAGAUGUUUGGGGAGGCUGGGGACUAUGAUGGCAUUAGAUAUGUGUUUCAGGAGAUGGAGUCUGUUGGGGUGCAGCCUAAUUUGGUUGUGUAUAACACCUUGCUGGAGGCAAUGGGAAAGGCUGGCAAGCCAGGGUUCGCAAGGGGCCUGUUUGAAGAAAUGAUUGAGUCAGGGAUUGUGCCGAACGAGAAGACUCUGACGGCGGUUAUUAAGAUAUAUGGAAAGGCCAGGUGGUCUAGAGAUGCUUUGGAGUUGUGGCAACGAAUGAAGGAAAAUGACUGGCCUAUGGAUUUUAUCUUGUACAAUACAUUGCUGAACAUGUGUGCAGAUGUUGGAUUGGUGGAGGAAGCUGAGACUUUGUUCAGGGAUAUGAAGCAGUCUGCACAUUGCAAGCCAGACAGUUGGAGUUACACGGCAAUGCUCAACAUAUACGGGAGUCAAGGAGAUGUGGACAAGGCAAUGAAAUUGUUUGAGGAGAUGUGCAAGUCGGGUGUUGAACUCAAUGUGAUGGGGUUUACUUGUUUGAUUCAGUGCUUGGGAAGGGCUAUGGAAUUUGAUGGUUUGGUAAGAGUUUUUUAUUCUUCAGUUGAGAGAGGAAUUAAGCCAGAUGAUAGGCUAUGUGGUUGCUUGCUAUCUGUUGUGUCUCUUUCUCAGGGUAGCAAGGAUGAGGAAAAAGUCCUUGCUUGUUUGCAGGAAGCUAACCCAAAAUUGGUUGCCUUUAUUCAAUUGAUUGAAGAUGAAAAAACUAGUUUUGAGACUGUGAAGGAAGAGUUCAAGGGUAUCAUGAACAGCGCAGUGGUUGAAGUGAGAAGACCCUUCUGUAACUGCUUGAUUGACAUAUGUAGAAACAAAGAUCUUCUAGAGAGAGCCCAUGAGCUACUCUACUUGGGAACCUUGUAUGGAUUAUACCCAAGUUUGCACAACAAAACUGAUGAGGAAUGGUGCUUGGACGUUAGAUCAUUAUCAGUUGGUGCAGCACUAACUGCACUUGAAGAGUGGAUGUGGACACUCACCAAAAUUGUUAAGCGGGAGGAGACACUGCCAGAGUUGUUCCUUGCCCAAACUGGUACUGGUGCUCAUAAGUUUGCCCAAGGGCUCCAUGUUUCUUUUUCCUCUCAUUUGAGGAAGCUAGCUGUUCCGUUUAGGCAGAGUGAAGAAAAAGUUGGUUGUUUCAGUGCAACUAGAGAGGAUUUAAUCUCUUGGGUGCAAUCAAACUCUACGGCAGCUGCUACAGCUACAUAGAUGAUGGUAGCUCAAGUGACAUUGAUAUGGCUAAAACAUAAUACAAUGAUCAUCACUUGAAAGGCCAAGAUAUGAAGUCUUGAAGGCAGAGAUGAGAUGUAUAAUCUUCCGUUCAUUUCUUACAAUGUAAACAAAUCCUGAAAUUUAGUAUUCUUUUUUUGCUUCCCUUCAUUUUGUAGAAUCACUUUCAAGUUUGGGGAAGAGGCCGGGUGCAUGCUGCCAUGAAUCACAGUCAAUAUAAUAUUCGAAGUUGAGAUAAUCUCUAGUGACAUUUUCGUUGUACGAGAUUUUAGUCAUUACAAUUAUUUAGUUUAUUUAUAAAAAAAAAUGAUAUAAAUUCAUCUUUAAAA